GUUCAUCGCGGCCGCGGGCACGUAUGUAUCUCUCCUGCAUUUGCCAUUCCAUUCCUGAUCUCGCCCUCCUCCUCACGGGCUCGCCUCCACCACUUCCUCCUCUAUGCGUCGCAUGAUCCCACGACACGGCUCCCGGUGAUGCCGCCGGCGGUGGCCGUGGCGUCGGCGCCGAUGCGCGGCGGCGAAGGCACCAAGGCCACGGCGCGGCGCCCGGGCCGCACGCUGGCCGGGCGCCGGCGGCGGGCUGCCGUGCUGCUCCUCGCGCUAUCGUACGCGGCAGCUAUGCUCAUGCUAUUCCUAUGCGCUGGCGGCUCGGGUCUGAGCAGUGCCGGUGGGAGCGGCUUGGUGGGCCGCCGGCCGGCGGCGCCAGCGCCACCCGGGUCAGUGUACCGCAGCCACCUCGUGUUCGAGCGUCUCCUGCCGGACAUGCGCGCCUCUGUGUCGCGUCCUAACCCUGUGAGUGAUGUUUCCUGUAUUGUUCCACGGGACUCGAAUUUAAUGACAACGCAUUACAAAAAAUCUGGGAAGCGAUGGGUACCUUGCAUCAGCAAGAGGAUGGCACAAUCAGCGUUACCACCUUCAAAUGGUUUUCUCGUAGUUGAGGCAAAUGGUGGUCUGAAUCAGCAACGUAUUUCUAUUUGUGAUGCUGUUGCUGUGGCCAGCUUACUUAAUGCAACUCUUGUCACCCCAGCUUUUCAUUUGAAUAGUGUUUGGCGUGAUUCCAGCAAAUUUGGUGAUAUCUUUGAUGAAGAACAUUUUAUUAAGACACUCCGAAAACAUGUAAGGGUUGUCACAGAACUUCCUGAAGAUGUUUCUGCGCAGUUUGACCAUAAUAUCAGCAAUAUACCGAAUAUGAGAACUAAAGCCUUCUCAUCUCACAGUUACUACCUAGAGAAGGUGCUUCCCAAAAUGUUGGAGCUAGGAGCUGUGCGUAUUGCUCCUUUCUCAAAUAGAUUGGCUAAUUUAGUUCCAUCAAAUAUCCAUGCGUUGAGAUGUUUGGCAAACUAUGAGGCAUUGAGAUUUUCCGUACCCAUAAGAAAUCUUGCAGAUAGUAUGGUUGGCCGAAUGAUCAAGAAGAGUUCUUUGACUGGUGGGAAGUACAUGUCUGUGCAUCUUCGUUUUGAAGAGGAUAUGGUAGCUUUCUCAUGCUGUACAUAUGACGGUGAUUGGAAGGAGAAUAUUGCAAUGGAGAAUGCUCGUGAAAGGAGCUGGAGAGGCAAGUUUCACCGACCUGGUCGAGUGAUAAAUCCUGAGGCUAACCGGAGGAAUGGGAGAUGUCCUUUAACUCCUCUAGAGGUUGGAAUGAUGCUGCGUGGCAUGGGAUUUGACAAUACUACCUCCCUCUAUGUUGCCUCCGGUAAAAUAUACAAUGCUGAAAAGUAUAUGACUCCUCUUCGCCAGUUGUUUCCACUUUUACAAACAAAGGAAACACUCACUUCACCUGAGGAGCUUGCACAGUUCAUGGGGCAUUCUUCUAGACUGGCAGCAUUGGACUACACAAUCUGUCUACAGAGCGAAGCAUUUGUAACAACUCAAGGAAGCAAUUUCCCUCAUUUCCUGAUGGGGCAUCGGCGUUAUCUGUAUGGAGGGCAUGCAAAGACAAUAAAACCGGAUAAACGGAAAAUGGUGCUACUCUUUGAUAACCCAGACAUCAGAUGGGAUCGGUUCAAGCACCUCAUGCAGGAUAUCCGUCGCCACAGUGAAUCGAAAGGUUUUGGGUUCAGGAAACAUGAUGGUUCGAUAUACAACCUUCCGAUGCCUGAAUGCAUGUGUCAGCAAGCUGAAGCAUGAUUAGAGUAGCAAUUUAUGUAGUACUUGUAACUUGCAAGUAGCAGUUAUGCAUAGAAAUUUGUUACUUUUUUAUGUAGGUAGAGUAGUAGACUAUAGAGAUGCCAGAUCGUGUGGUUGUUGAUUGGAAAAUCCAACCCAGAGAUGCAAUUAUGCCGUAAGAAAUCAAAGAGAGAAUAGUUCAGAAUAUUACGCAGUGUAUAUCGAUUAUAAUUUCCAAACUGAUAUUUAAGUUGGAAUUUUUUUGCCUGGUGCUAAUGGAAAUACAAAAAAUGUUCUAGA